GGUAGACUGCUUCAAAGAAUUAUGGGACAGGAAAGCAGCCAUUUUUAACCUAAAUGAAACCGUUAGAUUAUUUUUAACUAAAACAACAGGAUGAAGGAAAAGACUUUGGAUAAGGACACAAUUGUAGCGUACCACAGUUUCGUUCAGCAGAGAAUCAGAAGCGAUUUAAAUGGAUUAGCAAUUGGUCCAGGAUGGAUACCUUGCAGAUUAGGCUUAUUGUUUGCAAUAUUCUCUUUUCUUAGUCUAAUCACAGGUAUAUUAAUUAUAGCACUACGUAGUCGCCAUGUUUACCUUAUUGAUUGGUGGGCUCAAUUUACGGGUCCCUUCUUUAUUAUUCUAUUCUUAUUAUUUGCUGGGGUUUCAACGUAUCUCAUUCUGGCAGCCAAACGACGUUCAAACCUCUACAGACGAGAAUUGUUUUUCCGUCCAAUUGGUGAUUUUGGUGUCGCUGUUGUUCACAAGAGCAAUCUGCAGUUUGAACAGGAAACAAAACCUGAGUUAAAAUCUGGAACUACUCCCCAUCGUGGUGUUUUACCAAAUUCGGGGGCUUACUCUGAACGAAGGCGGCAUCAUAGAGAAGGUAGGGAAAAUCGUGGUUAUGACGAUGAGAGGCGGGGUGAGAGACGAGAGAGAGAUCCUAGAGAUGAAGGUCAGCGACGAGAGAGACGGGAGAGAGAUCCAAGAGAUGAAGGUCAACGACGAGAGAGACGAGAGAGAGAUCCGAGAGAUGAAGGUCAGCGACGUCAUCGAGAUGACAAAGAAAGGAGAGAACGUGAUCCAAGCAGAGAGGACAAAGAGAGACGAGAUCGAAGGGACCGAGAUCGAAAUGAUCCAAGAGAACAGGAACGAAGAGCUCGAGAACGGAAAGAACGAGAAGCUCGCGGUGAGAUGGAUCCCAGGGAGAAGGAAUACAGAGAGAGAAGAGAUCGUGAACGAAGAGAACGAGAGCAAAGAGACCGACCUCCGCCAACGGAUGAAUCAAGCACAGAUCAAGAACAGAUCCAGCAGAGAUCAGAAGGACGUAGAGGUGGUCGUGGUGCUCCAAAACUUCCAGCAGAUUCUAGCGGCUUUGUUCCAGCGGAUCGUGUUGUAUUAGAUGCAGAUUUUGGUCGACCAGCCGAUUCAUCGUCACGUGCAUCUGAAUCUGAACUAUAAAUCUUCAUAACAUUGCCAUAUUAAUUCAUUCCUUUAAUAUCAGUAUAUAUAAGGAACUCAUGUGGGUGUUAGUCUGGCUCCAAGCAGUUAAUUAUAGUACUGGGGAAAAUCACUGUGUAUGCAGGACCAGCUAGUGCCAGACUGUUUUGUGCACUAGCCAAGUGCAACUACUUGCUCCCAUACCACCGUACGUGACAAGGAGUAGGGUCGCCUUCCAAUCUCAUGGGUUUCCUCCUACUGUUAAAGACCCCUACGCACAAGCAAAUUAUUCAAAUAAAAUUGAACCAUAUGUUAGUCCCCAAAUGACCUGGAUUGUGUUGAGUGGACGUUAAUCCCUAUUUCUCUCUCUCCCUCAUACCCCCACCCCUCCCCAUUUCUUAUAACAGAAGUUUAGUAGCAUAUCAAUCUCUGAUUAUUUUUCUGAAAUACAAAAAGAAAGAUUUUCACAUUUAUCAUAAUAUAUUGUAUAAAAGGGUCAGUACUGCGCCCCUUUCAUAUUUGCACCCUAGGCUUAGGUAGCGGCGUUGUUGGCCUAAUCAGCCUUAGUGUUUGCUAUAAAUAUGACUAGCCAAAGUUGUAGGUCAAAGAAUUGAUUUUUUAAAGAAGAGAAAUGGAUCUAAAUGUUAGAUAAUAAUAACUUUUAAAUUGAUUGUUUUAUUUCAAUUAAUUUCAUAUAAUACAAUGAAAUAUAGCGUACAUGAAAAGAGAAAAUUCUGGCACAUUACUGGAAUGUUUUUGUCCCCCGCCUUUCGAAGAAAGCAGGGGACUAUUAAAAUGGGUUCGUCUGUCUGUCCGUCUGUCUGUCCGUCACACUUUUUGGGACACAAUAACUCUCCUUCUAAUUGAGCUAGAAUGUUCAAACUUGGUGUGGGUGUUUAUUAGGCCAAUGCCUUGAUGGAGUUCGAAGAUGAGCAUUUUCGGCUUAGGGUAAGCAGAGAUAAGCAAUUUGAUUGGUUGAUGCUUUGGGACACGAUAACUUUAGUUCUAAUUAAGUGAGAGAGAUGAAACUUGGUGUAUAGUUUCAUUACAUCAAUACCUUGACUAAGUUCGAUGAUGAGAAUUUUCUGCUUAGGCUAACGAGCAAUACGCAUUUUGAUUGGUCACGACUUUGGAACAUAACAACUCUUCUUCUAAUUGAGGUAGAAUGUUUAAACUUGAUGUAGAUGAUCGUCUUGACUGAGUUCAAUGAUUAACAUAUCGAGCUAAAGCUAAGCAAAGAUAAGCAAUUUCCUGCUUUGGGACAAGAUUCUAUCUGAUAGAGAGUGAUGAAACUUAGUGUAUAGUUGAUAAUCAGUUUGACUGCUUGAUACUUUGGAAAAAAAUAGAUGUGCGAUUAAUUAAUAUGUGUCAUCUAUUUAUUUGGGGAUUUCGGCGGGGGACAUCAGCCUCACUGUUGGCUUGUUUUAUCAAGAAUGAAUAUACUGAAGUUUUGAUAUAAUAUGAAUAUUAUCUUCAUCCCUCCUUAAUUAUUGAUAUCACUCAUAAUUCCAAGAUGGCGGCGUUGACAUCAUGCUUGAUGGCUAAAUCUAUUUGAUAAGGCCAGCUCAAUUUUUGUCAAGGUCGUCUAGAUGUACAUGUAAAUAAGGUUAGGGCGCGUGAUUGUAGGUUAGGGUUAGAGUAAGCAUUGGGGCUAGGGUCAGGGUUAGGAUUAGCGCUAGCCCUGUUUACAUCUCAUGACCUAUGACGAAAAAUUAAGCUGGCCUUAUCAUUUAGCACUAACCAUGCUUGGUUCCUUGUCCAUAUAUUGUUAUUGUACUGUUUUAUGCAGAAUGCAAAUAGUUUUGAUAUAAAAUGCAUAUCUUCAUCCCUCCAUCAUUAAUUGUGGCCUUGUUUUAUAAAAAAAUCUUCACAGCAAAAUGAAGUAAAUCUUGAUCAAUCAUUUCAUCAUCUUCAAACUUUUUGACCCGUCUAGAACUCACCCUGCAUACAUUAUAGAAAUUAUAUUUUCAGGCAAAGAACGCCUGAAAAUAUGAUAAAAGUGCAUUUACUUUUAAAUUUGAAAAUAGAAAUAUGUUUAAGAAUUAUAUAUAUCUUAGUCAUGAAACCUAAAAUAAGGUAUUUUAAAGACAAUGAACUUUAAGAGAAAAGCAGUGGACACAUUAGCCAAAUCGUUCGUCCGAACUAAUCGGCGCCAAACUUUAUUCGGUUGAAUGGGUGGACACACUAGACGAAAGCUUCGCCCGAUUCACCAGUCGAUUGCAUCACCUUUUACGUCACAUGAUUAAUGAUUAAAUGUGGCGGCGACCAUGUCUUCAAACAAUCAUGUGACUUCUCUAUAGGAGUGGAUGAUGAGUGGUGAUUGGCUAAUUAAUUCUACAUUUGGGCGAUUGCGUCGGUGAAUAUAAUUCGGCCGAAUAUAUCAAACAUGUUUGAUUCGGGCGAAUAGAAAUUUGAGUACAAUCAGGUAGUCCACGUUAAAUUGGCCUGCUUGUUCUUGGGACAAUUGCUCAGGUUUAUAAAGGUACGCUCCUACAUCUUUUAAUCAUUCCAGUUCUACAUGCAAAUUUUAAAAUAUUUUUUAGAUAUAUCAUUUUAAUUUUUGUUAAGUUCACUAAAGAUUCAUGUUUUAAAAAAUCCCAUCCAACCAUGUACAUUCCAUUUUAAGAUUAUAUAUUAAGGUAUAUGAAAGUUUUUAUUAAUAAUACAUAUUAUCUUUGUUUUCACUUGUCAAUUCAUAAGGUCUUUAUAUUUAUGUUGGUUAUAUGUUACUUCCUUGCCAUAUUCAGAGGCGGAUCCAGGAAUUUUUGCAGGAGGGGGUUUGCCCGAUACCUGAGACAGUGUAUCUAUGGAGUGGGGGGGGGCAGUCCCCCGGCCAUGAAAAUAUUUGAGAAAUACAUGGUCUUUAUCGUUAUUUUAGCGUAUAUACAUAAACACUGGGCUUUUUAAAGAGAGAAAUCCAACACCCCGUUAAACGUCAAUUUUUAUAAUGAAUUAAUAGGAUCAUAUUGUGAUUUAAUUUCAUUGAUACAAAGCAUUAAUUAUUGUGAUAUCACACAUGUGCUUUGAAUGCCCAUCCCAUCCCAACAUCUGACUUUAAAAGAUAAAGCGUUAAAAGAUAAAGCACACGACCAUUCUCAUAAAAAGUGUAAUUUUACAAAGUUUUUAUGUAGCUGAGCAGGAAGGUGUUUGGAUACCCUCCCCCCCCCCCCCCCCCCCCCGCAAACUCUGGAUCCACCCCUGCUAUUCUUUAUUAAUUAAAAUAAUGUUCCUUGAAUGACAUUUAGAAGUAGAGGUACAAUAUUCAUAAUAACACAACUUUAUGGAUUUACUACUUCUUAGUUUAUUACAUGCAACGUUUCAAGUAAGAGUAUUGAAACGUUGCAUGUAAUAAACUAAGAAUUUUUAAAUCCAUAAAGUUGUGUUAUUAUGAAUUAAAAUCAUCAUUUAAGUAUGUAGCCCAUAACUUUUUAUACUGUUGAAUGAUUCUAGGGUUUGUAAACUUCUGAGCAAUUUAUUGAUUGGUGAUUUCUAAAUCUCAAUUUUAAAGAAUUUAUAAACCGGUAAAACACAAUAGAGGUCAAUUUAUAUUUUUUGUUUGAAAAAAAUUGUGAUAAUGCAAAAAAGAUUGUCAUAUUCUCUGAAAAAAAAGGUCUUGUUAAUCUGAAGAAUACAAAAUAUGUCAAAAAUUUACGACCUAGCAAAUUUAGAAAGUGAAGGUCCAGUUCAAGACACUGUAUUAUAUUGCGUACUUUGUAUUUAAUGCCUGUACUGGUAGUUCACCUAUGAUCAUCAGCAUUUUCUAUUCAUCUUUAUAGGCCUAUCCUGCUUAGCAAUAAAAGUUGGCCUUUGUUUUAAAAUAUAUGUAGGCCUAAUGAUUGUAGAUAAAUUUAUUAAUCAACAAAAUUUUAUAACCAAUUUUUUUUAUGUAAUGUGUAUAUUUUUUCAUUUAUUAAAAUACUUUUUAUAUUUA